GUAAGCAUGUCUGUUUCAACAGGGCCCAACAGGAGACAAAGGCCCACAGGGAGAGAGGGGCCUUCCAGGAAUACCAGGCAGAGACGGUGAAGAUGGACUCCCAGGAUUACCCGGGCCUCCCGGCCCCCCUGGUCUUGGCGGAAACUUUGCUGCUCAGUAUGAUCCAUCCAAAUCUGGUGGCGGUGAAGCUGGACCACAGGGUAUAAUGGGACCAAGAGGACCCCCAGGACCACCCGGAUCCCCUGGCCCUCAAGGAUUCCAAGGAUUGCCUGGUGAACCUGGUGAACCCGGUCAAACUGGUCCUUUAGGUUCUAGAGGUCCAGUCGGUGCAGCUGGAAAACCUGGUGAAGAUGGUCACCCUGGCAAAUCUGGAAGACCUGGUGAGAGAGGACCUGUUGGACCUCAGGGUGCUCGUGGUUUCCCUGGAACUCCUGGUCUCCCUGGAUUUAAAGGAAUUAGAGGUCAUGCUGGAUCUGAUGGUCAGAAGGGAGCUCCAGGUACCAUAGGAAACAAGGGAGAAAAUGGCGCCAAUGGUGAAAAUGGAUCUCCUGGUCAAGCUGGUGCUCGUGGCCUUCCUGGUGAGAGAGGACGCAUUGGAGCUUCUGGCCCAGCUGGUUCCCGUGGAAGUGAUGGCAGUUCUGGGCCUACUGGACCUGCUGGUCCUAUUGGCUCUGCUGGUGCCCCUGGCCUUCCCGGAGCUCCUGGUGCUAAGGGUGAAGUAGGAGGUGCUGGAAGCACUGGCCCAUCUGGUGCUCAGGGUGGAAGAGGUGAACCUGGACCUCCAGGUGCACUUGGCCCUGUUGGCCCUGCUGGCAAUCCUGGUACUAAUGGCAUUGCUGGAGCUAAAGGUGCAGCUGGUCUCCCUGGUGUAGCUGGUGCUCCUGGCCUGCCUGGUCCACGUGGUAUCCCAGGUCCCCCAGGUCCAGCUGGUUCUGCUGGUGCCAGAGGACUUGCAGGUGAACCUGGUACAGCUGGUGGAAAAGGAGACACUGGAAGCAAAGGUGAACCUGGUAUCGCAGGUGCUCAAGGUUCUGCUGGCCCCUCUGGAGAGGAAGGAAAGAGAGGUCCCAAUGGAGAAGCUGGAUCAUCUGGACCUGCUGGCAAUGCUGGCAUUAGAGGUGUCCCUGGAACUCGUGGUCUUCCUGGACCUGAUGGCAGAGCUGGUGGAAGUGGCCCUGCUGGUAGCCGUGGUGCUUCUGGUCCCCCUGGUGCUAGAGGUCCCAAUGGUGAUGCUGGCCGCCCUGGAGAAGCCGGCCAUCUUGGACAGAGAGGUCUUCCUGGUUCCCCUGGCAAUACUGGACCUGCAGGCAAAGAAGGCCCAUCUGGCCCACAAGGUAUUGAGGGUCGUACUGGUGCAUCUGGCCCAUCUGGUGCAAGAGGAGAACCCGGCAGCAUUGGAUUCCCUGGACCCAAGGGUCCAAAUGGUGAACCUGGCAAAAAUGGAGACAAAGGUAGUCAAGGACCUUCUGGCAACAGGGGUGCUCCUGGUACAGAUGGUAACAAUGGUGCUCAGGGUCCCCCAGGUCUUGUUGGUUCUCAAGGAGAGAAGGGUGAACAAGGUCCAUCUGGUGCCCCAGGUUUCCAGGGUCUUCCAGGACCCGGAGGUGCCGUCGGAGAAGUUGGCAAACCCGGAGACAGAGGUGCCCCUGGUGACUUUGGUCCUUCUGGUGUUGCUGGUCCUAGAGGUGAGCGUGGUGCCCCUGGUGAAAAUGGUCAAUUAGGCCCAGCAGGAUCUCUUGGAGCUCGUGGCCCCACUGGAGCACCUGGCACUGAUGGCAACAAGGGAGAACCUGGUGCUGCUGGCUUGAAUGGCGGCCUUGGACCAUCUGGCCCUGGUGGAAUCCCAGGAGAGAGAGGUACUGCAGGUACUCCUGGUGGUAAAGGUGAAAAGGGUGAUGCUGGUAAUUCCGGAGAUUAUGGAAGCCCAGGAAGAGAUGGUGCCCGUGGUCCUGCUGGUGCUGCUGGUGCUCCUGGCCCUGCUGGUGGUCCUGGUGACAGGGGUGAAUCUGGUCCUUCUGGCCCAUCUGGAAUUGCAGGUCCUCGUGGUACUCCUGGUGAACGUGGUGAAGCUGGUCCAGCUGGAACCACUGGAUUUGGAGGCCCUCCUGGUGCUGCUGGCCAAACUGGUCUUAAGGGAGAAAGAGGUCCUAAAGGACCUAAAGGAGAAGUUGGAUCAUCAGGUGCUGUUGGCGCAGUUGGUUCUUCCGGUCCUGCUGGUCCAAAUGGUCCCGCUGGAUCUCCAGGUGCCCGUGGUGAUGCUGGUCCCUCUGGUAUGACUGGUUUCCCUGGACCCGCUGGUAGAGCUGGAACACCUGGCCCUGCUGGUAUCAAUGGUCCUCAAGGUCCUACAGGUCCCCCAGGCAAAGAUGGAGCAAGAGGUCCCCGUGGUGAUGCUGGUCCAGUCGGUCGUCCUGGUGAAUCAGGCCAGGCUGGCCCACAAGGUCUUAUUGGAGAUAAAGGUCCAUCUGGUGAAUCUGGCCCUGCUGGAUCUCCAGGCACUGCCGGUCCUUCUGGUGUUCUUGGGGCUCGGGGUAUUUUAGGUCUUCCUGGAUCAAGAGGUGAACGUGGUCUGCCCGGUGGUUCUGGUUCAAAUGGUGAGCCUGGUCCCUCUGGUCCUUCUGGUUCUGCUGGUGCACGUGGUCCCUCAGGUCCUGUAGGCUCUCCUGGACCAUCUGGUGCCCAUGGUGAAGCUGGUCGUGAUGGACAUCCUGGUAAUGAUGGUCCUCCUGGUCGUGAUGGUCUUCCUGGUGCUAAGGGUGAGCGUGGUUACCCUGGUAAUACUGGUCCUGCUGGAGGUGCUGGUGCUCCUGGUGCUCCUGGCACAGUUGGUCCAGCUGGAAAACAAGGAAGUCGUGGCGAGCCCGGUCCCGUUGGUUCUGCUGGAUCUGUCGGACCUGCUGGCUCAAGAGGUCCUUCUGGCCCACAAGGUGUACGUGGUGACAAGGGUGAAGCUGGUGAGAAGGGAGGUAGAGGCUUGGAUGGUCGCAAAGGACACAAUGGCUUACAAGGACUUCCAGGUGCCUCUGGUACCCCAGGAGAAACAGGUCCUGCUGGUUCUGUUGGUCCAUCUGGUCCUCGGGGUCCAGCUGGUCCUUCUGGUCCUCCUGGUAAGGAAGGUCGUUCUGGACAUGCUGGUCCUGUCGGUCCCGUUGGUCUUCGUGGUCCACCUGGUUUUACUGGUCCUGCUGGUCCCCCUGGUCCUCCUGGUCCUCCUGGUCAUCCUGGCACAUCUGGAGGAGGAUAUGAAGGUCACUACGAAGGAGGUGAAAACUACAGAGCAGAUCAGCCUUCUCGCAGACCCAAAGACUAUGAAGUAGAUUCAACCUUGAAAGCUCUGAACAGCCAGAUUGAGACACUCUUGACCCCAGAAGGCUCUAAAAAGAAUCCUGCACGUACUUGCCGUGACUUAAGACUCAGCCACCCAGACUGGACCAGCGGUUACUACUGGAUUGAUCCUAACCAAGGCUCCACAGCUGAUGCCAUCAGGGCAUUCUGUGAUUUCUCCACUGGUGAGACAUGUAUCCACGCCAACCCAGACAGCAUUCCACAAAAGAACUGGUACAUCAACAAGGGCAAAGACAGGAAGCAUGUAUGGUUUGGUGAAACCAUUAAUGGUGGCACACAAAUUGAAUACAACGAAGAAGGAAUCACUUCAAAGGAUAUGGCUACCCAGUUUGCCUUUAUGCGUCUCCUGGCUAAUCAUGCAUCUCAGAAUAUCACCUACCACUGCAAGAACAGCAUUGCCUAUAUGGAUGGAGAAACAGGAAACCUGAAGAAGGCCGUCAUGUUGCAGGGAUCUAACGAUGUUGAACUAAGAGCAGAAGGCAACAGCAGAUUCACCUUCAGUGUCCUAGAAGACGGUUGCACAAGACACACGGGAGAAUGGGGCAAAACAGUCAUUGAAUACAGAACAAAUAAGCCAUCUCGCUUGCCCAUCCUCGAUAUUGCACCUUUGGACAUUGGUGGUGUCGACCAAGAGUUUGGUUUUGACGCUGGCCCAGUUUGUUUCAAAUAGAUGAACUAAAACUAACUUAAAAAUCUCCUCUAUUUGCCCUUUCUUUUUAAUACUGAAAGCUGGCUCCUUCCAUUGUUUCCACUAAAUGACUUGCAUAAAUCCUGGGCAAAAGAGGGACUGAACGGAGCAUUGUGCAAUGCAAUUUAAUACAUCCAAGAGAGGACUUUGAAGUCUUUCACAAUUUUAACACCCUAAUGUGGAAAUUGUCAGCUUUUGUAACAAACAAAAAAAAUUCAAAAACAAAAAUAAAAACCGUGAAAGAGUGCACCAUUUGUGGCCUUUGAAUGCCUUCCAUGGAGGAAGUUUAAAACCAUAACUUCCACAGGUUUUAACUACCUCAAACAAUCAUACUAGUGUGACCAUCUUGCAAGUAAGUAGACAAAGAAGAAUGGUGUUAAAGAUUGAAUUAAAAAUACAAAGGUGCUAUAUAAGGUACUUGAAAAAUCCCAAUGGUGCUAAUAAAACUUAACAUCCAUAUUUCCGUAAUAA